UUCAUCAUUCAACAAUCUCUCUCAUAAUUCAUAAACCGAUUCUUUUCAUCACCCAAAAAGAUCGAAACAAUAUGUCUUCGAAAAAGAUCGAGUUGGUGAGCUCUGAUGGCGAGUCUUUCGUAAUUGAGGAAGUGGUGGCGAGAAAACUGCAGAUCGUAAGGCACAUGAUCGAAGACGAGUGUGCAGACAAAGCAAUCCCGCUUUCAAACGUCACCGGAAAGAUCCUCUCCAUGGUGAUCGAGUAUUGCAAAACACACGUCAAUGUUGUAGAUGAUGAAGAAGAGAUGAGCAAGGAAGCCAAGGAGAAGAAGGAAGCUGAUUCAAUGUCUGAAGAAGAAGCCGCGAAGCUCAAGGAAUGGGAAGCAGAGUUUCUCAAGGAUAAAGAUCUGGCGACAUUCUUUCAACUCAUUCUCGCUGCUAACUAUCUAAACGUCAAAGGCCUUCUUGAUCUCACUUGCCAGAACGUUGCAGAUCACAUCAAAGACAUGACGCCAGAGGAGGUUCGUGUGAUCUUUAAUAUCAAGAACGAUUUCACACCCGAAGAAGAAGAAGCAGUUCGCAGGGAGAACUCUUGGGCUUUUGAAGAACCAGCUGCUCCAAAACCCUAAACUUUUUUUUUUUUUGUUUCGUUUCUCUAAUUGUUGGUUU